GGUUCGUUAAAUUAUCUCCGGCGUGGUGUUAAAUUUCUUCGCUUAGUACUUCCUUGUAUUCCAAAGCUAGAGUGGGGAGCCUGUAAUUUUGCAAAAAACAUGACAGAUUCCGCUCCACCAACUCCGCCGGUUGAUAGCAGUGGAGCAGGAGGCUUUGCAGCCUUUUACCCUGCCGGAUACCAGGCGCUGAGACCGGAGGACCAUGGCCUGGACCGUGGCCUCCGGCUCACGGCCUUCUCAGAUCUGAAGGGAUGAGGCUGUAAAGUCCCGCGGGAGACUCUGCUCAAACUCCUGCAGGGACUGGAGCCCGACCGCCCGGGAGAAGACGGGGGCCCGGGAACAGGGGCUGGAGAUGAGGCCUCAGAGUUCGGGCAGCUUACAAAUGCCCCCCGGUUAGGUAUUGGAAUGGACUCUUGUGUCAUCCCUUUAAGACAUGGAGGGCUGUCUCUGGUCCAGACCACAGACUUCUUCUAUCCUUUGGUUGAAGAUCCUUACAUGAUGGGCCGUAUUGCCUGUGCAAAUGUUCUCAGUGACCUGUAUGCCAUGGGAAUCACAGAGUGUGACAACAUGCUGAUGCUUCUUAGUGUCAGUCAGAAGAUGAAUGAAAAGGAGCGAGAUGCAGUGAUGCCUCUAAUGAUCAAAGGAUUCCGUGAUGCAGCAGAAGAGGGCGGGACUUCGGUGACAGGCGGUCAGACAGUAAUCAACCCUUGGAUCAUCAUAGGGGGUGUGGCCACCGUGGUGUGCCAACCCAAUGACUUAAUCAUGCCGGACAGUGCUGUACCAGGUGAUGUGCUGGUUCUAACCAAACCUUUGGGGACUCAGGUCGCUGUGAACGCUCAUCAGUGGCUGGACAAUCCUGACAGAUGGAAUAAGAUAAAGCUUGUUAUCUCCAGAGAAGAGGUGGAGCAGGCCUACCAGGAGGCCAUGCUGAAUAUGGCAACACUGAACCGCACCGCUGCUGCCCUCAUGCACAAAUUUAAUGCACAUGCUGCCACUGACAUCACGGGCUUUGGGAUCCUGGGCCAUGCGCGAAACCUGGCUCAGCAGCAACGCAGCGACGUGGCCUUCGUCAUCCACAACCUGCCCAUCAUCGCCAAGAUGACCGCAGUCAGCAAGGCCUGUGGCAACCUCUUCGGCCUGUUGCAGGGAACCUCUGCAGAGACUUCAGGUGGUCUGUUGAUCUGUCUGCCACGAGAGCAGGCAGCUCGUUUCUGCGCUGAGAUGAAGUCCAGUCGGCAGGGUGGUACCGUGGGCGUGCCUGGGCAAGAGGGUUGCCCAGGCGACGGCCAGCAGGCAUGGAUCAUCGGUAUCGUCGAGAAGGGCAACCGCUGCGCUCGCAUCAUUGACAAACCUCGCAUCAUCGAGGUCCCGCCCCGUGGCUCAGCCUCCGCAAGCCAGGAGAGCAACAAUAACAAUGUCGGCCCAGCAGAGACCACACCCACUCUGGCCUAAAGCCCCUCCCACAGCAAAAGAGCGGCACUAACAGGAUGAAAGUCUCAGACCAGGAUUGUUCAAAUCCAGACCUGGAGGUCCGGAAUCCUGCUGGUCUUUUCCUCAUCUCAUAAUUAGAGACUGAUUAUUUUAUGUCUUCUCAGUCAGUCAGAGACCACCAUGAAAACCAGCAGGACUGUAGACUUCCAAGGCCAGAUUUUAGAUAUCCUGUCUUAGACGACCAUGGCCAACAUCAUCUGCCCCAUCAACAACAUCCUUUUCCUAGCUCCCCAUCUCGACUCUUUAGCACUCCUCAUUGUUUUGCCUUGACCUCCCUCUCACAAUUCACUGUGUGUGUGUGUGUGUGUGUGAGUGCGUGCAAAACUACUUUUGUGUGAAUAUGUGUAAAGGUUUGGAUUGAGUAGGAGUGAAUGAAUUAGUUUUGUCUCUGUAAUGAUGAAGGGACUGAGAGAGGCUGGUUGUGUGAACGUGUUGUCUGUGGAAGGGGAGAGAGAGAGGGUUAAGCCAUGUGAAUGCAGGAGAGGGAGGAAACAAAGCAUGUAUGCAUUACUGAGAGAAACUCUUUGUGUGUGUAUGUGUGUGUGCUUGCUUUACUCUGCUGUUCCUUUCUUUCCCCUGUUCAGCCGAAAGGUUGAGAGCGACAGACCAAAAAUUCUUUUUUUUUUUUUUUUUUAACUGGUGGGGGAUGGAAUGAACAGCACCUCAGCUUCUUGUCUGUAUCUCCUUUGCUGUGUUUCUGACUGUCCUGUCCAUCAGUUUCUCUCUCUCUCUCUCUCUCUCUCUCACAUACAUGCAGUACCAUUGGACCCAGUAAUGAGGUGUGCUGGUCUGUCAAUGUCCAUCUCAUAUUGUUUGGUCAACCUUUCUAGCCGUCUCUCUUUUUCAACAUAGGCUUGCCUUCUGCUGUGUUCCUCCUCAUCUCUCGUUUCUCCUGUUCAACUUUUCCUUGCCCACUGAUUUACUCAGUCAUUGCUGCCAGUGGAAAUGAAGAGGGAGUUGAGGAAGCAGAGGCCUGUCUCAUACAUGCCUUUGUCCCCUCAUACUGGACUCCACAUCUGGUCUGGUAGUCUUUUGGUCAAGUGGCACAAUGAACACACUCAUGUAUGGAUACAUUUUUUUUUCUACCUUUUAGUGUCAUUCAGCAAAUGAGCCAGACAUUCCGUUAAAUUCCAGAAUAAUGAAACCGUUUAAGACCUGAGUCAUCUUUGACAAUCGAUACCGAAUAUUUCUCUGCACUUAAUUUGCCAGUCUAUUCACUUGUUAAAAUAUGGACUUGAAAUGAAUCUAGUGUGUGAAGUGUAAAAAAAAAAAAAAAAAAAAUUAAAAAUCCAAACAGUUGUUCCAAAUAAUCAUUAGAUCAUAGUUUUUGUUUUAAUUUAUUGUUAGUUUAGUGUGGUACAAUUGGUAUUUAUGAAGAGUUUUGAUUUGAAUAUUUUGAAUGCAACAGUUUAAAUUUCGAAUGUAACACAUCCAAAUUGAUUUCCUUUUCAGAAGCAUUUGUCACUGAAUAACCCUAACAGCUGUAGAAAAUGCUUGAUUUUUACCAGUGACAUUUACAUUCUGUAGAGUUGCCACAUGACAUCUGGAUUCAGAGGGAUGGGCUAUCGGUUAUUGUCACUCUGUUGCUCUUCAGUCAGAUGUGCGUUCUGUGGGUGUGUAGCUUACGAUAUAGUCUCACACUGACUUCAUGCAUAGAAAUGACAAUGUGUUUAUUUGACUGAAAAAAUGUUGUGAUAUUUUUUUUUUUCUUCUUUUUUUUGGGUUUUUUUUCUGUGUGUGUCUGUGGUUUUUGGGGUGGGGGGUAUUUAAUUGUAAGCAUAAUUUGUCAUUGUGGUAAUUGGGGGAUAUUGUGUGAGGAAAUACAGUAGCUGAUUCUGAUGUGCUUCAAGAUCUUUCAGAUAUUAUUUCUGGGCCUUUUUUUUCUUCAGACAUUUAGUUUUAGUCCUACUCUUCAUACUGUCAUUAGCCUCUCUACUUCCAGUAUAGCCUGCUAACUGUUAAUCAGCAGUCCUGUUUUGUCAGAUACUCUUCUCAUCAGGCUUUUGUUUGGUAAAUGUGGGAGUGUGAAUAAUUUCAAUUAAUACAGACAUUAGCACUUAUUGGUUAUUUGACUUUAUUUGAUGUCAUUGGGUGGGAAAAAAAGGCAUUCUGACUCCUCCAGUGAAAUCAAUGUGAGGUUUGAGCAGCUCCCAUUGGUUCAGUGGGAGAGUCUAGAAUGCUGAAUCUGCCAUCUAAUUGGCUGCUGCAUAGCAGAUGCAUUUGCCACUUUCUGUUUAUGAUGCUUUGCUCAUUAAACCCUGGCCAAUAGGGAUGGGCAAAGUUGAUGUCUUUUGAAAGAAAGGGGCAGUUCCUGUUGUGCUUUGUCCAAUCAUGUUGGCUAUUUUUUUGUCAUAAACAUGCAUCACCUUACUGAAAGAAUAAAUCAACCAUUGUAGUUGCCUAAA